AUGGAAUUCACAAACGAGGAACUCCAUGUGAUUAUGCACUGCACGCUGAGGGGCUUUCUAGAAGAAUAUCAGAUUGCCGCGUACAGAAAAAACCACCACCCCGUGUAUACCAAGCUCACAGCCAGCUGCAACGAAUUCAACCCACCAGAAUCUUUCAUCCACACGUUUGCCUCCCCCGAGCUCACGGAGGCCUUGCAGUUCACUUGGUUUAGAGUAAAGGGCAUCGUUGUAGACCCAGUUCAGCGGAAGGGCAGCGCAGCCAUGGAGCAGUGGUUCAAGUUUCGAGGCCAGCCUGCAGUCGUGAACCGUCUAUGCUGGUUCUGUCAUUUCUCGGAGGAUGGGCUGUGGAUUUCGCAACUCACUAAGUAUAUCGAUGUUGCGGUUCCGAUUGGCUUAGCUGAGUCUCACAAAAGGUGUUUGUUGAUGCCGCCCCAGUCUCCUAGGUAA